GGCAAGGGCAAUUUGACUGAGGCACGGGGUUCACUGGGCUGCUGUUUGGCCUGGGCUGCAUACAUCAGUACAUGAAAGUGUGUGAAGUUACAGCUGAGCAGCGCAGUAUGUCGAGACAGCACCGUGCCCUCAAUUACCCAGAAUGCUUCGCAUGUUGCCGUCUGGCUCAGGAGUGACUGUGUAGGAUCUAUUAGCUCUCUGCAUCUGUCAUUUAUGAACUUAACGGUACUAUGCAUUUAUAUCGUAUGAAAUAAAGGACAAAGGGAAAGACAAACCAAAGGAGGCGGCGGAAUCUGUUGUUGUCAACGCGUCAGCGAUGCCUCUCUUCACGACAAACCCAUUUGACCAAGAUGUUGAGAAGGCAACCAGUGAGAUGAACACAGCUGAGGACUGGGGCCUCAUCCUGGACAUCUGUGAUAAGAUAGGGCAGUCUCGCACUGGGCCUAAAGAAUGUCUCCGCUCUAUAAUGAGAAGAGUGAACCACAAGGAUCCUCAUGUGGCCAUGCAGGCACUGACUUUACUUGGUGCUUGCGUUUCAAACUGCGGGAAAAUAUUCCACUUAGAGGUGUGCUCCAGAGAGUUUGCCAGUGAAGUCAGUAACGUCUUAAAUAAGGGCCAUCCCAAGGUGUGUGAGAAGCUAAAGGCCCUAAUGGUGGAGUGGGCAGAAGACUUCCGCAAUGAUCCCCAGCUCAGUCUGAUCUCAGCCAUGAUCAAGAAUCUUCGUGAGCAGGGUGUCACCUUCCCCGCUGUGGGCUCCCAGGCUGCAGAGCAAGCAAAAGCAAGUCCCGCUUUAGUAGCAAAGGAUCCCUCCACCACAACAAACAAAAAGGAGGAGGAAGACUUGGCCAAAGCCAUUGAGUUGUCAUUGAAAGAGCAACGUCAGCAGCCCCAGACGUCUCUGUCAAGCCUUUACCCCAGCGCCUCCAGCCUGCUUUCCUCACACAAGUCUGACGGCAGGAAAGUCCGUGCCAUCUAUGACUUUGAAGCUGCUGAAGAUAAUGAGCUCACCUUCAAGUCAGGAGAAAUCAUCACUAUCCUGGAUGACAGUGACCCCAACUGGUGGAAAGGGGAAACAUACCAGGGAGUGGGGUUGUUCCCCUCUAACUUUGUCACUGCUGACCUCACUGCAGAGCCUGAGAUGAUGAAGACUGAGAAGAAGUCAGUGCAGUUCAGUGAGGACAUCCAGGUGGAGACCAUAGAGCCUGAGCCAGAGCCUGUAUAUAUAGAUGAGGAGAAGAUGGACCAGCUACUGCAGAUGAUCCAGAGUGCAGAUCCCACAGACAACCAGUCAGACGCAGUCGAGUUACUACAGUUGGAAGGUGCGUGCAACCAGAUGGGACCUCUCAUUGACCAGAAGCUGGAGGAUAUAGACAGGAAGCACUCAGAGCUGUCAGAGCUGAACGUGAAGGUGAUGGAGGCCCUGUCUCUAUACGCCAAGCUGAUGAAUGAAGAUCCAGUCUACGCCAUGUACGCCAAGCUGCAGAGCCAGCAGUACUACAUGCAGCAACCUGCCAACACAGGUCAACAGGUCUACCCUGGUCAGCCUGCAGCGGGUUCGUAUGCCAUGAGUGGCACAGGGGUGCAAGGUUAUGCUGUUCCCAUGGAGCAGCUUCAAGCUGGCACCCCCAUGCCUGGCCAGCCUGCCCCCAGUGAUGUUCAUAUGUACAUGAGUCAGCCGCCAGUCUAUAGCACAGCUCCAGGCAACAUGGCACCGGCAGACGUCCAGUCCUACCAGAACCCAGCCAGCGCCCCCGGCCCAGCCCCAGGCACCAACCCUGCAGGCAUGACUCAGACACCAAACUACAGUGCCCCCUCUGGCCAGAGCAUACCACCCCCAGAAACCCAACAGGCCCCCUAUUCAGAGAAAGCACUGCUAUAGGACCCCCAGAGCUCACUGUAUCCUCUCAUGCACAGACACACACACACACCAGUCCUGGCUCAAAUAGUAGCUGUAAAUACUUGUUUGCAUCUCUUUUAUCGUCAUCAGAGCACCAGACUAGGUGGGAUUUAUUGCAUCAGAAAAAUUCAGAUAGUGUCAGUCACAUAAAAGUAUACUGAACUGAACUUUGAAAUACUUACACUUAUCAGAUACUGUAUAGCUCUAUCAGACAGUUCCCAUCCACCUAGUAUUUAAGUGUACGGGUACGCUUCUGAGUUUGAUAAUUGAGAUUGGAUUGAAUGAGAUAUCUUGUGAGUCCACACUUGGCCUGAAAGUGGUCUUUAUGUGUUCUCCCUGAGCUCGGUUUAUUUAAAUGUGUCAGCAUUACGUUGUUUUUCCCCCAGUCUUUCCUUCUAUGUCAUCACACAGCUUAUUUGCAUAUUGUGGCUUAAUUGCAUUCAGUUGGAUUUUUAUAAGAGUUUGAUCACAGUUUAAGCUUGAUAACUUCCAAAUCUGGCUUUUAACGUGCGAUAGCCUUGUGAAGAAAAUCCAGUUUAGACAAUUAUCCCACUAUGAGAGGAUGAUUUAGAAAUUGGUCUGAGGCAGCAAGUGUAGCCUGAUUAAACUAAAAAGAACCACAGAAUGUAUUUGCAAAUACUAUUUGACCCAGCGUGAUAAGCAUACAGGCAGUCAUGCACUCCACAUUCAUACAAGCACUGUACCCGAGGUACAGUUAUGGACAAGUGUAAAGCAGCUUACAAACACACACACAAAGUCAAGUGCAUACGCACACAUACACAUUCAGCUGCAACUAUCAGCUCACGCAGCCUCAGCAAUAUAUGAUCAUUCAUUUUCAUUUACACACACUAACAUGAGAAAAAAUUUGUAACAUGUCACAGCCAUCCCACCCACUUUAGCAACUGCUUCGCUAAUCCCACAUCACAAAGAAAGGGGUGUUGAGUUACAUUUACCUUUCUCUCUUUUUUUUUUAUCAGAAAAAAGGACACUACUUUUAGCAAUGCUGAAAAUGUUAGGCUACUACAUUCUGUGUGUGUUGUCAUCUUUUAGAAGUACUGAAAACUGAAGACACUUUUUUGGAGGGAAAAGAAACAUGAAGAAUUCAAGCAUGCACAUGACCUUGUAUAUAUACUCUACUGAACUAGUAUUGAAGCCACAUGACGACCUCAUGGUGGGCUGUAUGUUAGCACAGUUCCGUUUUGAGUUUUGCUCAGCCUUAAAGGUGAACUCUGCAGUCAUGAUGUUAAUGGCGAAUAGAGGGGCCAACAGUGUAAAAGCCAAAGAGUGCAAAGUGAAAGAAUGCCCACCUGCCAAAAACCAACAAGAUCAGGCCAAUGAGAUGGAACAGUACUUGGCAUGAGUGCAUUAUCUUGUUUGUGGGCUUUUUUGUUUACACUGGUUGACUUACCAUGUCAUACUGCAGAGUCCUCCUUUUUAAAAUGAGCAGUUCUGGAUCCUUAGGGUUAGCGCUCCUGCUCAGGAGCUGUACUAACAGACUCAUACCACAGACUCGGCUACUAAAGGGUGAACUCUCUGAAUUCCCCAAUGUCUUUAAAGCAUCUCUUUAGUCAGUGUUGAAAAAAGGAUACUAUGUUUUUUUUGUAGUGCAUUUUAAUUUAUAUUUUGAUUAUUGUUAUGCUAUUUUAAAGCAGUACAUGAUGUGAGUAUGUAAUGAGAGAAAAGAGGAAUAUGUGAUAUUCUGCCUAACUUAGUUGUAUAUUUAAGUUGCUCACAUGAGAAGUGGAGAGUUCUCUGUGUUUGAUACAAGUUAUAUCCAGGAGCUGCUUAUUGUAUUGUAGGGUCAAAUUGUAAUGUGAAAAAUCUCACCCAUGCAUUUCAAACUUUCCUUUAUCAAGCUCGUCCAACGUUGAAACAAAUUAUACCUGAAACAGAACUGAAAUGAGUUUAUUCAGGUUUUUAAACAUCUGUCUCCCAGUCUCUCCCAAAGCUACAAAUUUCCAGGCUGAUUUCCAGGUAGCUUCAUAUUGGCAUCAUAGUUUGCUUCCCAUAUCUUGUCAAUGCACCUUGUCUAUACAUCAGAAAAUGUUGUUUGAUAAAAGCACAUUCUUACACUCUUGUUUUUUUCUGGAUUGUCAUUGGCUCAUUUAUGUUGAAGGUUUUUUGUCUUUUGGAAAGAGUGUUCUCAAAUAUUGAAAAAUCAACUUUUAGUUUGAAGUUUUCUGUUGAUGUGUAAUGUGGAGUGCUGAUGCAUACCUCACUGUUUAAAGAAGCAAAAUGAAGUAGUUUUCAAAUUUGAAUUGAUUUAUAAUUGAACAGCAAAUUUGUAUGUGGAUCUGACUAAAGAAUUGUCAUUCCAGUUUCUUUGAGAAAUUAUCCUUCAAAUGUGCUACUCCUUGCUGUGCUCGCACCGCCUUAAUACAAAAUACCCCUCCAUGCUUGGUAAUUGUAAAAUUGCAAACCAGUGGCCAUUCUGCACUCUGCAACCCAAUUUAGACAUUUAAGUUGGAGUUUCAGAGUUCUGACUGGGUAUCCUGGUUGUUGCCUUCAACUAAACCCUGUAAUCAUCCAGUAUUAGCUAUGUGUUGGAUCAAAGAGGGCAGAAAGUAUCAAAGUAGCAGCUAUUCUGGAACCACGGGACCAUGAGCCAGUUCAUCACAAUUGCACCACCUUUUUGCACCACAGGACAGCGUCGGACUGCAGCCCUGAUGUAACUUUAUUGUACAGGAAUGACAUGCUGCCUGUUUUUAUGUUUGAAACAAACAUCGUUAUUGUAAAGGUUCUGUCUAAAAUUGUACCCUGCUGUUUGUAUGUACUCUUUUAACCAUACUUAUGAAUUGGUAUUCACAAUAAAACCAGGCCAAAUGUACAGAA